AUGCUGUCAGAUACAGAUUUUACUGGAUUGCUUGCACAACUGGCUCCUUUGGACGUAGAUUCAGUUUUGGCUGAAGGCUCAUAUGCUCAAACUCUAUUGACCUGCUUGAAUUCAGAACAUAGUUCAACAUCAGAUCAUUCGCAAUUUAGCAAGAAACGUGCUAGUGAUGGCAAUCUAUCUUCUACUAAGCGAUUGGAUUUAGGCAAUGGAUUCCAAACAGACGAUACUCAUCUGAUAGUUGCAUCGCUGUUUACUCUUACUCCUUUUACUUCAUUGGAAAUAUCAGCCCUGCAUAAAUCUGGCAGGAUUAUUCCUCAUAUAUGGAAAUCAUCUAUAGUCUGCCAUGUUCAACAGCUUAUUGACAAUCAAAAACAGCAUGCUAUUCAUAAAAACAGCCUGCAGUUUCAUUCUUUUUUGUCAGCAUAUGCUCUCCUGCCCAGAUCAAUUGCCACUUUUGAUUGGUUGGAUGCAUUCAUCACUUUGGAUCUGAAUAAAACUGGAGCAGCCAUAUACAGUGAUUAUUUGCAAAAGGAACUGAUUUAUUUUCUCACUGAAUGCAUUGAUAAAAAAUCACAACAGUCUAUUGGUCAAAUGACAGUGCAUGGCAUGAUGUCGUGUUAUGCAAACCAAGCAAAUCCUAUAUGCUUGAAUCCUAUAUCGCAUGUUAUUCAAUUGGGCUGUCGGGUUUUUUCCAAACCACUACAUUUUCAAUCCAAUAGCAAGACUAAUCCAACAGUAACAGAUAAUACUCUGCGACACUCUCGAACUGUUCUUGAAUGGAUUUUACAAUGCCAAAAGGCUCCUUGCUUUGAUAUGGUGAUCGAUACACUCUGCAGACUUGUAUAUAUCACUAAACUCAAAGCUUUCAAUGAUCAACUCAUUCAAAUAUGCUGCGAUGCAAUUCAUUUGAUAUUUUCUGAUGAUUCGAUCUCGGAUAGCGUGUCUGUUCAGCAGCAAUCUUUUUUUAAAACGUUGUGUCUAUUGAUAACCAGUAAUUCCACAUGGGAAAUUGUAAUGGAUGCAGCUGUCAAGGGUGUUGUAGAUAUACCUAUUUUCUUUGGAUCUCUACGGGAGCUUGCAUAUCUCGAUACACAUAGUAAUUUGUAUGAUAGUAUACUCAAGAACAUUGAGCUGGCAAUUCAAAAACGCGAUGUGUCGGCGAUGUGUUUAUUCUUGUGUUCUACAGUAUUAGUCUACCAAUCUGACACGAAAGGCUUGAUAAGCAGUUUGCGCAAAGUAUUUUUUUUCAAAAGCAACCUUCCUUUGAAAUCUGUAAAGGAAUGGGUGUUGCAGUCUUUGACAUCUCUAGUAGAAGUCUUGCCAGUAGUUAUUGUCAAGUCUUUGGUGAAUGCACUACGUCCAGAUCCAUUUUGGACUAUUUUUGUAAAGCAAGCCAAAGUGAAGUUGGACAUUCUUGGCGAAACUCUUGGCACCGGUAUGAGUAUAUCCAAGGUAUUGAGCGUCGACAAAGUUCUUGAUUAUUUUAAUCAGCACGGGGUUGUUCCUGCCUCACUCAUAGAUGCAUCCAUAUUUCAUGCCGAAUGGUACAACAAGACGUUUUUGCCACAGCUUUUACGCAAAGGAAAUAUAAUGGGCAACUUGACACAUAUUCGACUGAUUCAAUUGCUUCGUAAUGCUGAUCGAAUCCCACAACAUGUUUUUGCUAAAAUCGAAGCAGAAAAAUCUCAAAUAGAUACUAAUACUACUAGAUGCAAUGAUAGUGCAGUAGAUACUAUUGCAUCGGAAGCAAAAAAUACGCUUAAAACACUGGACUCGGUAUCAUAUGAGAAAAUCAGGCAAGAGCUGCAGACCUUGUUGGAAAAGAUCAGCAACAUUCAACAUGAUAUUUCUUUUGCAGAUGCUAGUCAGAUUAGCUCGCCGAGUUUAUCAUCAGAUUUGAUUGCACAUGCCAAGUCAUUGUGUUUACUUGUAGAUCUACUAUGCAGUAGUAUUGCAUUGUUGUAUCCAAUCGUUGCAUUUGAUCGUUGCGUAGGGUUCAAUACUACAACUGGGCUAGUAACUCUAUCGCGUGGAUCAAUUGUAUAUCCAGAGGAGCAGCAGCUUAUCACUGUAGUAUUUUUGCUGCUGAAUCGCUUUUUUCAGAUACAAAAUUUGGAAAAACAGUCAAGCAAAGAACUUGCAUUAGAUCCUGCAGCAGAGUCGCUUUUAGAUGCAGCAUGUUCUCAGUCCAUACUGUUUCCUGCAAUUGUCACUCAUCUUCAAUUUCAUCUACAGUAUAAACAAACAAGUCAUGCCAGCUCUAAAAAUGGGCUGCCAAUUAUAAGUGGAGAACUGCUGGGAUAUCUCUUUGAUCGUAUUCAAAGGAUAACUUCACGGCAUAUAGAACUUGAUGGAAUUAAAGGCGAUUGGAACCAAAUAUGGAUAGUGCAAGGAAGCAUGAAGCCAGGGGAUGAUUCCAAUGCAGAUCGUCGUGGAUUAUUUCAAGCCUUGUUUUCAAGAUUUGUGGAAAGUGGUCAUGACUUGACUGUUCAGCACAUCUAUACCGCAUGUGAAUGGUUGUAUUCACGGAGAUUUGCCAUUGCAUCUGAACAAACGCACGAGCCAAUUAGAAAAAUGAAUCUUCGAUUUGGCGGGUUUGCAAAGCAAAUAGCAAGGCAGCUAUGGCAUUGUAAACAACGAUUUUCAGCUGCCCCAUCGGAUUCAUUAGCUGUAAAUAUAUGUUCAAGAAUUGAUCAGAUACUUGAGACUAUGCAGUUUAAUCAAGACAUGUUUAGUUCAACAAUGAAGGGGUAUAGCGCGUGGGUGCGUUUUGAGGCUACCUUUCCUCGAGAGCUAGAUUGGAUGGAUGAUCUUACAAGGAUAGACUAUAUUCGUGUACACACAGCUCGUCAUCUAAACACCUUGUACGAAAUGCAAUGUAUUUUAUCUGGGGAUUCCAAUGAUAACGCAAAUGACCAACCCAAAAACUUGAAUAUAGAGUAUGCAUCCAUUUUUGAUCGCAUGCUCACCGCUUGUCGAAACGAACUUUAUCUUCUUACACAAGAAAUGGCAAAAUCUAAAAUGGCAGAUCCUAAUCAAGAUGACAAGCUUGUGUCUACACAAUAUGAUGCUGCCAAGAUGGAUCUAUAUAUUUCUGGGUUUAUGACUGUACUUGAUGUUUUUAAACAGUAUUAUCACUCUGAAAAGCAGCAAGAUCAUGUCCUGUUGGAUUCAAACGUAGACAACUAUGUUACUUGGUUAUGGACCAUCAAAUAA